GAUAUUUUUUUAGUACGGUAAAAUAAUGAAUCGGGUCAUUGUUCGAGUCAAAAACUAGUUAUUGAUAAAUUUUGGUGAUGAAACUCUUAAACCUAUGUGUAUUCGAGGAAGCCCCCAUUAAAUUAGCCGGAUAUACAUGUUUUUGUAUAUCAGGUGGCAACAUUGGUAAUUUAUUGCAACUUUGUUUAAGAAAAUGAAAAUAAAAAUAAAAUAAAUCAUCUAUCACACUGCAUCAUCAACCAUUCCAACCACGAAGCUUCCUCAUUCCACAACUAUUUCCACCACGGGCAUUUUAUAUUCCAGCGGCUUCGCCGCCGAAUUUAAAAGAAAACCCUAAGAAAAAAUAGAGAAAGAAAGGGAAUGGUUAACCCUAAAAUGGUUGGUGUUCUCGUAGAAGAAUGGAAGACGAUUAAGCUUGAGAUUUGCAAAAAUGGAGUAAAAUUAAGCUUUAAAUUUGCGAGAAUGGAAGGAGAUUGCACCAUUAAAAACCUCAACAAUGGGGGAUGGAGGAAGACGAGGACGUUGAUUUGGGAUUAGGACGAUUGGAAGAACGGAGGUUGCGAAAAUCGAGAAAGCCGGAAAUCUGCCAUUGGAAGAAUGGAGAUGGAGGAAGACGGGACGAAGGAGAUCUGGGAUUGUGAGGAAUGCAGGAAGAAAGUACUAAAAUUACGAAGUUACCCACAUAUUAAAGGAUAAAUGACUAUCUUACCCCUGAUUUACCAACUUGGUAUAUCAGGCUGAUAAACAUGAAUUUCCUCCUUGUAUUCAUCUCGAAAGUCAAAACUUUUUGACUACUAUUUCAACUAGCGGUUUUUCCAUCUCCACCGGACUCCGGGCUAAUUCAGUUAUAUCAAUAAAACUGAAAGAUGGCAAUGUUAGCCGAAGGGGUGAUUACAGAGUUGAAUAGGAAAUCACCCAAUUACUCAAAAAUGGUGGAGGAAGUGGUGAAAAUGGAGAAGAAGAUAUUCCCUAAACACGAGUCAUUAUCGAGGUCGUUCGAUGAUGAACUUAGUAAAAAGAAUGCUGGAUUGCUAUAUGCUUAUGUUAAUGGUGAAGUUGCUGGCUAUGCUAUGUACUCCUGCCCGACGUCGUUACAAGCGCUCAUCAGUAAGCUUGCAGUGAAAGAGAAAUAUAGAAGACAAGGUUAUGGGGAAGCACUGCUUAGAGAAGCAAUUCGAAAAUGUCAAACUAGGAAGAUACAGAGGAUAUCUCUUCAUGUCGAUCCCUCGAGAACUCCUGCCGUGGAUCUUUACAAGAAACUUGGUUUCAGGAUAGAUUCUUUGGUAGCAAAGUACUAUUCAGCUGACCGAGAUGCGUAUAGAAUGUACUUGGAUUUAAGCACCAGUGAAUGAUAUGAAGCCUCAGUGUGAAUUUUGUGGCUUCCAUUGGCAAUGCUGAGCAAAAUAGAAGGCGAUUGAAGCAUCGUCGAGUGGUCAACUAGAAUAUGCGUCGUAUCAAAUGGAAGGAAUACUGUACAGGAUUAAAGGAGUGACUGGAUAAUAUUGCAUCAUUUGAACAUUUGCCUUCAGGUGUGAUCUUCACAUAGAAAGGUAAAAUGUAUUUAUGUCCGUCCAAUUCAUAAGCAUACCUUGGAAGGUUUGAGGAAAUUCAAGUUUAUCUCCUUGAUAGACUUAGUGAGAAUAUCAAGGGGUAUUUUUUGUAAAAAUGCAGUGAGGUUGGGCUAUUUGUGUAAAUUCAUCAUUAACAAAAAUUCAACUAUGUUUAAUGUCGUUUUUGACUUUGGUAUACAAUUGUUUCAGAAAAUAUCAUCAAAAUGUAGUUUUGAUUUCCAUACUUUCUUCAACAAAUUUCAUCAACAAAUUUCUUACUA